AUGAAGUUUUUGAAUUUCCUCCCACUUUUACCCCUCAUCCAAGCGAUUCCAGUCGAGUCACCGGCUGCUAAGAGCUUCGCCCAUGAUGUGGCCACAACUCCACGGCUGGCGGUUUAUGUGCAAACAUACCACGAUGAAUACAAUAAGAAUAGGAACCUAUCUCUCCUACCUCUACUGAGUGCAGACAUCCAACCAACUCAUGUCAUCCUCGCAGCCUUGCAUGUCAUGAGUACUCCAGGGGUCCUCCACCUAAAUGAUGAUCCACCUGAUGCACCAAUGUAUGAUGAGUUAUGGGCUCAGGUGAAGACUCUCCAGUCAGCAGGAAUAAGAGUGUCGUGUAUGAUGGGCGGUGCUGCUUGGGGCACUUGGAACUACUUCACCGGUGAUGACAACCAGUUCCACCAAUACUAUGACCCCCUCCUCAAUAAUUUUAUCAAAAAAUACAAUCUUAAUGGUAUAGACAUUGAUGUUGAACAAUUCGUGGACAUCACUGUCGCUCUUCGUCUGAUCAAACAGCUUUACAAGGAUAUGGGUCUGGGUUUUGACAUUACAAUGGCACCAGUAGCUUCAGCUCUAUCAUAUGGUGGCAGUCUCUCUGGCUUUUCUUACUCGGAUCUCGACGCCCAAGCACGAGACCCGAAUACCGGCGCACCAAUGAUAUCGUUUUACAAUGCUCAAUUCACCAAUGGGUGGGGAUAUGCAGGAAAUACUAACGAUUAUGAUGCUAUUAUCAACGCUGGCUGGAAUCCCUCGAGAGUAGUCAUGUUAGCUUCGGCUGCGACCAAUGAUGCAAGUGGAUGGGUCCCGAUCGGUUCGCUUAAGAAUACGAUCAGGAGUUUGAGAAACAAGUAUCCGAAUUUCGGUGGUGUUAAUGGUUGGGAGUAUUUUGAUGCGGGAAGUACUGAUGGAUUGUCUCAGCCAUAUAUGUGGAUGGCGAAUUUGAGGGAUGCGCUGGACUCCUAG